UAACUACUCGUGUUCCUGCAAGAUGGUCACUUGUAGUAGGUGUCACCACCGAUCUUUGCCCUUUGGUGGAGGCACAUUUUGGGUAACCAGUGAAUAAAGGACCCCGUGAGAUUGGGCCUGGUGGGUGUGCGGAGCCGGGGGUUUGUCUUCAUGGAGAGGGUGGCUACUUAUGCACUGGUGCUGGUCAGAAAUGGCAGGCCCAGCUUGCUGCUGCAGCGGCAGAGCGCGGGGAUUUGCUGGGAGGGGAUGCGGAGAGCACGCUGUCUGAGCAGCCGGGCUGAAAGGCAGCUGCUGGGGAGGAUCAUACGAGUGGAUCAUGCGGGGGAGUAUGGAGCGAAUCGUAUCUAUGCGGGCCAGAUGGCGGUGUUAGGCAAAACUUCGGUGGGGCCGGUGAUCCAGCAAAUGUGGGAUCAAGAAAAGGAACAUCUGGAGAAAUUCAAUGAAUUGAUGGUUGAUCACAGAGUUCGACCAACCCUGCUUAUACCUAUCUGGAAUAUUGCAGGGUUCAUGUUGGGAGCUGGAACUGCUCUUUUAGGAAAGGAGGGUGCCAUGGCCUGUACAGUAGCAGUAGAAGAGAGUAUAUCAAAUCAUUAUAACAAUCAGAUUAGGACAUUAAUGGAAGAUGAUCCAGAAAGACACAAAGAAUUACUUGAAGUUUUGAAGAAGUUCAGAGAUGAAGAACUGGAACAUCAUGACACUGGGUUAGCCCAUGAUGCAGAAAUGGCACCAGCUUAUUCAUUAUUGAAGAAUGUAAUACAAGUUGGAUGCAAGGCUGCCAUCUAUAUAUCUGAACGGAUUUAAACACUUCCUCCAUAAAAUCAGUGCUUCUCUGUACAGUCCAUGAUAUAAAUGAUCAAUACAUAAAUAGUAAUACAUAACUAUCAAUAAUCCUGCAUUCUUUUGCAUCACAGAGGUAAAUGUCUCUGUGCAGGUUUUUCCCUUGGUGGUUAUUUUCCUGCAUCACUGCCACCUCAUGAUUAAUUGGGCUUGUGAGAAAUGCCUCUUGUUGCCUUAGUUUUGAGGAAGUAUCUGAUCAUUUCACCAGAGCUCCAUAAAAUUGUAAAUGGAACUAAAGCUCUGGAGAGAUAUGUCUGUGCUCCCACUGAAUCAGCUAUAGUUUUCUUCCAUGAUUAUCCAUCGGUAGUUCAGAGGUAGGGGUUUUGUCCUGUGUGAGACUUGGCCCAAGCUGGGCAGUGGGUUAGGCAAUUAUGUUUAUAAAAAAAUUACAAAAUCAAGAAAUUUUAAACCGCUUGUUUAGUAAUUCCCGGUCAUGAUUUCGACUACUGGCUGUCCUUCCAUGGAAAUGGUUCUUGGGGGAAGGAUUGAAGGACACCUUGAAGCCCUGCCUGUUUAAAAAAAAAGUAUCAUUUCAACAUCAGUAGGAUUUAUUAAAGAGAAUAAAACAUUGUACACUUAAUUUUCAUUUGUUAAUGAUUCUAUGAAACUUAACAAUUAAGAUUUGUAUUUUUUGAGACCUGGAAUUAACUGUUUAAUUCUUAAGCAGUUAUUUAAUAUUUUAUUGUGUCUUUAAGAAAAUGUAUAUUUGAGAAUAUAUUAAAAAGUGCUUCCUGA